AUGAAUCUCUUUCGGAUAUUGGCAGACGUGUGUCACACGGCCUCGAAGUGCAUCCUGAUAUGGGCCAUACACUGGAAUUCAAGCGCUGAAGGCGUGUCACUCCUCACGCAGAUCCUCUAUGUAAUCGUCUUCUGCUCCAGAUACCUGGACUUGUUCUGGGUACCGCCGACACACUCGUGGUGGAACUUUUUACUCAAGAACUUCUACAUAUGGACCAGCUGGUAUAUCAUCUAUAUCAUGCUGCGCGUCUUCGCACGUACACGAGAAAGAGAAAAGGCAUGGAAACUAGGAGCCUACGCACUGGGAGGCUCUAUCGCAGCCACUAUCCCUGUAGGCCUCAUCUUUGAGGGAACCGCUGUAUUGCACUUUACCGAGUUCCUCUGGGUCUUCUCCAUCAUCCUAGAGUCUGUCUGUGUGCUUCCACAGCUCCUCCUCUUGCGCCAGACUACCGUACCGACCGUCAUCGAUUCCGGAUACCUGAUUGCAUUGGGCUCCUACCGAUUCCUGUAUAUUCUCAACUGGAUCUUCCGCUUGUUUACUCCAAAGAAACCAGAACUGAUUCCGGUACUGUUCGGUAUCGUCCAGACGGCUCUAUACCUCGACUUUGCGUGGGUCUACUGGACAAGACAGCGUGUCAAGCUAAGAGGUGGAGGAGUGGUCGACUCCGAUGACUUGCGCAAGGGCUUUCUCGUACAUCGCGCAUUGGACCAUACCGGUGGUCGGGCAUCUGUGGAGGACCCAGAGGCGCAGGAUGCAGUCGAUGACGGUGCACAGCCUAAGCCCCCCAACGCCAACCGCUGGGGUGCUCGAGGCGUGUCUAUCACCGCGGACGACACGCUUGAUCAGCACCAUAGCAAGAAGAGCAACAGUAACACCAAUGGAUCGCCAUCUGAAUCCAGCGGCAUGUUCGACGACGAAGGCGAGGACGAUUUCCUCAAUGACCACGAUGAUGAUGCCCCGGCGCUGGGUGGUACGGGCAACAAGGUCUUGAAUAGCGAUGCUGAGUGGCGGGACGAUGAUGGAACGAAGUGA